AUGAAGCAGCAUUUGGUAUGUAGCCAACCACCAAAACUCUACCAAUCACUUUUCGCCCAAUCGUAUGCCCGACGUCUCAUUCUUCCGCCCAAUCGUAUGCCCAAUAUCUCAUUCGCAGGAGCUAAGAAGCGAAAGACGCGCCAUUCCGGCUACAUCUUCAGAAUGUCCCGACAGGAGCCCGGCAGCACACAAUUAGCGCUUGCCUCAAGUGGUCUCUUGUCGCUUGUAGACGAACUACUCCUUAACAUCAUCGAUCACAUCGACAACCGCCGAGCGCUGUGUCAUCUUGCUUCGACAUGUACGCGCUUCCAGGGCCUCGUAGAACCAUACAUCUGGCGCGAUCUGUUGGUGCUCACAGGAUCCCAUGCAAGGCACAUUACACAGGCUCUGGACAGCCGAGACCAGAAAUUUAUACUUGGGCGCGCGAAGGCGAUGUUUUUGAGUCCUACUCUUCGCAAGAUCACACUGUCAUGUUUGAACUUUGAAGCAGACAUGGAUGACGACAUGGUCGCAAAGAACCAGAACACCACACCACUGCAAUCUUUGACUCUUGUCGAGUGCAAUGUCGACGUAAAGUUUUUAGACAUUAUUCUGAGUUUACCGAAAGCGUUGAAAGAGCUCUCAAUCGAGGAACGAUUGCACGUUUUUGACGAAUGCAAGCCCUCCGUGGACUGGGAGAAGCGCACUUCGUCUCCUCUGUUCCUCACAGCUUUACAGAGGCAAGCAGACUCUUUGCAACGCCUUACUCACAUUGGCGGUCUGCUAGAUUACAUACCAACACGAGUAAACGAUCCUGAAGGUCCUGCAAAACUACGCUCUUUAACUAGCCUUGAGCAUCUAGAGCUCGGGUUCGAGAGUCACCUGAACUAUCAUUUGCGCCACAACGGCUUUCCACCGUCGUUGAAGUCACUCAAGUUUCUGGAUGCGGCCUUGUCGAUAAGUGCUGGUCACGACAUACGAUCCAUGGCCGCCGUUGCCUUCCGCACUAUUACAUCCAUCGUCACCGAUUGUUUGCCUGCAACGACUCCGCCGGGCUUUACUAUACAUUUACACUUUUCCGACCACUCUAUCUUCCGCCUGUUUGUCAUUGCGCACCCGGAAGAGCAAAAUCGCCUCCUAUCGUCAUUAUUUCUCGACCGUCCCGCCAUAUACAAGAUUGCAAGCAUUCUCAAAUCAUACAACGGCCGGUUCCUCAUUUCGCGAGAAAAUUUCCCGUCAGGCACUGCAUACAUCCCGCCAUACAUGUACGGAGAAGAGGAGCCGAUGGAGGAAUGGAUGUACGAUUCAGACGACUACUGGCGCUUUAUCGGCAUCGAUUACCAAGUCAUGGACGAUGAGGAAUUGAGGGCCCAGCUGAAGGGGCAAAAGAGACUGAGGAUCUGCACUGGAUGCAUGGCACGAGGGCUGACGGUUGAUCAAUGCAAGAGUUUAGGAGUCGGUAGUGCUUGUCAGCCAUGUAUGAGAGCGCAUAUGGUGUGUCGAUGGGACGAUAUUAUUGGGGAAGAGGAGGCGGAAGCAGCGGAGGAGGCAGGGCUGCAACAAAUACUGCACUAG